AUGACUUCUUUGCCCACCCUCCCAGUCAAGCACAAUGACUUUGUGAAGUAUGUCAACUCCAACCCGGAGAAGCCCAUGGCCGACUUGGUUCAGCCAUAUAACGAGUAUGAUGCUGUUUUGCGCAAAAGGUUUGCCCAAGAGCCAUCUCAUCCAUCAAUUCAAGAUAACCACGUCAACAUUGUGCCACUAUACGACCAGACUGGUUCCACAGAAAUUUCCAUUCGAGCUAGAGACCUUGUCUUGGAAACACCAGAGCAAACGGAGAAGUAUCUUUUGCCCCUGAGUGCAAAAGACAGGAAACCACAUGGUUCCAUGGCAGUUGUAUCCUCUUUGAAUGAGUUCCAGAACAACUUUGCGCUCUUCACGGAGGGCUCAUUGAGUGACAUUGACUGGUCCAACGUGGUCGCUGCUGGUAGCGCUGUUGUGACCUCACUUUUGCCUGUGCCAGAGAAAUAUCGCAACUCCAAGCGUGGCCUCCGCAAGUACUACCAUGAAGAAUUUGCUCCAGCGUCAGAUGUGGAUCUUUUCUUGUAUGGUCUGAAUGAGGAGCAGGCUCUCGAGAAGAUUAUGCACAUCGAGGAUAAGAUCAAGAACACUAUCCUCUAUGAGACUUCGACUAUCCGGACUAAGAAUACAAUUACCAUUGUUUCUCAGUAUCCGAACCGCCAUGUGCAGAUCGUGCUUCGCAUCUACCGCUCAGUUGCUGAGAUUCUUACCGGCUUUGACGUUGAUGUUUCGUGCGCGGCUUAUGAUGGGCACCAAGUAUAUACCUCCCCACGUGCAAUCGCUGCGUACAUCACGCAAGUGAAUCAGAUUGAUCUAACUAGACGAUCACCGUCAUAUGAGAACCGUCUCUCCAAGUAUUCACACAGAGGAUUUGAGGUUUUCUGGCCUGCUCUUGACAGAUCGAAGAUUGACCCGACUAUUUUCGAGAGAAGCUUUACCAGAACCGAAGGACUUGCAAGACUUCUAGUAUUGGAAAAGCUUCCUCGGUCCCAAGACCGAGACAACUAUCUUCAAAAGAGGCGCGAAGAACGAGGUCGUCCUCCUCUGAAUUUGUACCUGCAACGUCGUCAUGGCAAAAUGCUGCAUGGUAAUCUCAAGGAUGAUUGGGAAGAUGAGGUACCUGAAUGGCAAGAGCAAGACCAAGUGUCUGAUUACCAUACUUUUACCAUUCCUUACGGUCGGAGGUUCAACGCCAGGAGUAUUGAGAAGCUACUUUACACCAAAGACCUGUUACUGAAUGCCCAAUGGAAUCAGCCUAAAGACCGUAAAGUUUAUCUUCAUCGUCAUCCAGCAUUCUUCGGUGAAGCAGAACAUGUCAUUGGUGACUGCUGUGGCUUCUGCCCCAAGCCUGUUACCGAAGAGGAAAUCAAGGUCGCGGACGAGGAGGCCAAGAUUUAUAUCUCUAAUCAAAUUACGUUCAUCAAAGACGAUCCCGGUCGCCAGGAAAUUGGAAGUUUCAAUCCAAUCACUGAGACUGACUGGACCGAAAUGGCUUACGUUGGUCGUACCGAGAGACUUUGCCAGGCAAUUGUGGCAAACGAUGUUGACGCCGUUAAAGCUUUCCUUGCAGACGAGGGUACCAACCCGGACCGUCGUGACUACACUGGACGGACACCACUCCAACUCGCGUGCAUGUGCUCGACCCCUGAAGUCGUCCAAUGCCUUGUUGACGGCGGUGCUCGCAUGAUUCCCCGCAUGGCUGAUGGAAAGACCGCGCUCCAUCUCGCUGCCGCCCGGGGACACGUCGAGAUCAUUCGAAUUUUACUCACAAAGAGCAAUGAGAAUGAAGAAGAAGAAUCUAAGAAACAAGACGCUCUGAAAAAUAACAACAAGUCAGAGGCCACACCUAGUAAAGAGGAGGAUGAAGAUAUCGAUAUGGUUGACCAAGAUGAUGCCAUGUCCAACACCUCUGCCUCUUACGUCAAGGUUGAAGGCGAGGAGAAGGAGGAUUUGACCAAAUACGAUACUCUCGACGAGAACGACCUCGAGCCAGAUGUCUAUGACAUCAAUGUCGUUGCAUGGGAUAGCCGGACUGCUCCUUUGCAUCUCGCCAUUCUCCAUGGCCACAUCGAGGCCGUGAGAGAGCUUGUCACAUCCUUUGGUGCCGAUGUCUUGAUGCCGAUCAAAAUCAUGAACGAUCACUCCAGAACACCCCAGGCUGCAAUUCUCAAUCUAGUACUCGUCCAUGCUCUCCCAUUCGAGAAAGCAAAGGAGAUGUCGCAGACCCUUCUCGAUCUCGGUGCCUCUCCAGCCCAAGCAGACCUCAGGCAGAAGACACCGCUAUACUACCUUGCUCAUUCUGACAAGCUUGAUAUUCUUGAUAUCUACAUGCAGCAUGAUGAACCUGCAGUAAAGCGCGCAAUCAAUCACUUGGCAGCUCAGGGCUCGUUCUGGACACCGGAAUUUUCUUCGGCAUUGAUGGCCGCUCUCACUGCGAGGAGCGCACCCGCGGCAGCCAAGCUGUUGGAUACAGGUGCCCAUCCCGAGAUUGAUCUCGGCGAGCUUGUGAAGGCUAUUACGGCAUCUAGAGGAGCCGCAACUUACUAUGGUGACAUUGAAGAAGAUGCAAAGAGCAGUUUGAAGCAGCCAAUCUUGCUGGCUGUUGAGAAUGAGCUUCCUUUGGUCGCCAUUGAUCUGCUUCAUCGGGGUGUGAACCCUAACUCUGAAUUUAAGGAGAGAUAUCAACAAAAGGGUCAAACGGUAUUGGACGUCAUGCGCCAGACUUUGCAAACUCUCCGUGAAUUUGUGGCCGAGCGCAAGGACCAAUGCUAUGAUCAUUCCAUUGCAACUCCCCUCGAUCCAAAUGACGAGACGUAUCUGUCAGAAUUCCAAUCUGGUAGUUACAAAAUGUUCAUUGCAAAGGAUCUGCUCCGCAACGUGCGCAAGACAAACCGAGAGGCCGAAGAACAAGCCAAGAAGGCUGAAGCCCAACCGGCUGAGCCUCCUGGCUUGGUCGAGAAGAAGGUAUUCAUUGCGGAGUUGAUUCGCGACUACGAAAAGCUGGAGUUCAUCCUGCUGCAAAAAGAUGCUAAGACCUGGGACGAGCUUCAUCCUCCGCUGAUCGCUCCCGUGACGUACCCAGUUCAGGUUUCGACUGAGCAGACAAAGCUCACUGCUACGCCUUGGAAGGUCAACUUCAACUUUAAUGUACCAGCUAUUACUGACAAUGCUCGCGACGGAUACCUUCAACUUUUCGAAGCAGCUUGGAAUGGCGACAUUGAUACCAUCAAAACUUUGACACUGGGCAUGUGGGGAUCUCUCAAUGAGCAAGCACCACUUGAGAUCGCCGUAACCGACAAGCAAGGCCUGUCCGCCCUUACCAUUUCCAUCAUGCGCGGCCAUUUCGCUGUCGUCAAGGCUAUUCUUCAAAUUCUCCAAGUACAGUACAAGGCGAAGGAGCCUCGCGGUCGGAAGCGCUUUGAGAUCGACAUCGAUGAAUGCUCUGACGACUGUGGAGACUCUGAUGAAGAGAACGAAGAUCUUAACAUUGUCAGUGACAUUGUUGAUGAUACCUUCACCCACGAAAACAUCGGUGAAGUUACCAGUCAGGUCGAGAGCAAUAUUACCCCUCUUGCUGCUUUCGAGGCGCGGUUAAAUGCCUACAUGUUUUUAGACGAAUAUCAGCAGGACGGUUGGAACAAGAGAGAGAACCCUGUCAAUGUUUACGGCUUGUUGAAAUACGCUGUUUACACAAACAACAUCUCUCUUUUGGAGUUCCUUUUGAAGACCGGACUGGAUCUUGCUUCCACUAACCCAUCUGGAAAGAGCGAGUUCUCGGUGAAGUCUGAUGAGUUCCAGCUUGCGAUCUCGCUUGGACGUACUGAUUGCCUUGCCAAAAUGAUUCAAAGUACUGGCGCUGGCCUUCCACUUACAAAAUUGAGUGAUGACUGUGGCGUUGAGGAGAAGAAAGAGCCUCAGUACUACCCUGGAUUGUCGAUUCGUGGCACCAAGCGUGCCGAUUGGGCUAAUGCUGGCCGAGAGCAACCGAUGAGAGCUCAAACACAGCGUCCACCCCUUCUCAUUGCGGCUCGUCGGGGUAAUCUGGCCAGUACGGAGUUCUUCCUUGGUACAGCACCUGCUCGCUAUUACCUGGAGUAUCUCAAUGCAAACAAGGAUGAUGAGAGAGUCAAACGACUGACCAAGUCCAAGCUGGGACUCGAGGGAACACUCUUAACCUGGUUACAAGCGAGAAACAACCUCGUUCUCCACUGCGCAAUCAUGUCUGAACCAAAUGACGAAUCCGUUCGUCUGGUACAGUAUCUUGUGGAUCAUCACCCCGAAUGCAUGGAGGUGCGAUCGACAGAAGGACUGACACCUCUCGCCUGGGCCAUGUCCCUCCACAAGGUCCGCUUCGCCCGAAUUUUGGUAGAAGCCGGAGCCAACCAGGCCGUCCGUGACAAAGAGGCACGCAAUCUCCUCCACCUGAUCCUCGUAUCAGACGGUGGUCGGGUCUGUAAGAACUCCUACCGAUUCACCAAACUCCUAGACCUGUUGGAUAAACAACUCCUCCCAACAAUGCUCAUAGAGCGUGCCGGCGAUGGCUCAAGAACACCCUUUGCACGCUGGCUUCACGCCCAACCCCACUUCACACCACGGGAUCUGGCCAUCCCUCGGCCUCCUAACAGUCCCCAGACUGACGAUGAAAUUAUAAUCUCCAUGACGAAUCUCAUUCUGGACCUAGCCAAUUCCACGGACCAAAAGCAUCUUGAGGUUUUUGAUGAAGCUGGAAACACACCAGUGCACGAUGCUGUCAAGAACGGUUUCCCCCAGGUCCUUGGACUACUCCUCGAUCGUCGUGCUGAUAUGCUCAACCGGGAGAAUGCCACUGGUACCACUCCUCUUGAAAUGGCAGUUGACGCUUGGGUUAACAAGAGUACUUCUGCGCCGCCUGACAGCCCUUCAUGGACGUCGCAUAACCACCCUGAGUGGCAGAAGGCCGUUCAUCGUGCUCCCCACUUUUUCAUCCCUGGUUGCAGGGUCAAGUAUGAUCAAGAGAAAGUUAUGCUACGGGUUUGUCAGGAACGGGCUCAGCAACGACCGGCAAAGAGAAGGCUUGUCAGUCUGUUUGAGGCGAAUGAGGUCGCUAAGAGAUUGGCGGCGGCGGGACGGACUACUGGUCGGGGCCGGAAUGUUGGCUCUGAAGAUAAUGAUGAGUCUGCAGGUUCUAAAGACGAUCCUGAAGGAUGGGGAAGCAUGAAUUCUCAUUGGUAG